UGUGUCAUGGAUAGUCUGAUCAAACACCUGAUCUACAGUAAGACUGUACAGAACAACGCAAAUCAGGUGAGGUACUGUAGCGGUGGCAGAGUAGUGUCAGUGUCAGAUGUGUCAUGGAUAGUCUGAUCAAACAACUGAUCUACAGUAAUACUGUGCAAAACGCCGCAAAUCAGGUUGGAACUCAGCUGUGGAUGUUAUCUAGGAUCGAUGUCGGAAGACAACAAUCUUGCCCUCAAGAAUCAACUGAUGUUGACCAUGACCGCGUCCCUCGGAUACCUGACCAUCGGUCUCAUCAGAGGCUGGUCCUCCACUGCCAUGCCUUCCAUCAAGCUUUACAGCCCACAUCUCGUACCCUCUGACUAUGUCGGCUCUUGGGUUUCUGCUAUACCACCCCUUGGUGCGUUCAUGGGAAGUCUUCUGACUGGGCCGUUCUUGCAGAAGUUUGGUCGUAAGAAGACAAUGCUAAUCGCUGCACCCAUCUUCGCUGUGUCAUGGGUGCUGAUAGGAACAGCUGUCAACACGGCCAUGCUGAUAGUAGGUCGUCUACUGACUGGCAUGUGUGCGGGCAUCAUAACUCCUGCAGCUCAAGUCUAUGUCAGUGAGUGUGCUCACCCUGAGAUCCGAGGUGUGCUGGGGUCUUUGCCUGCAUUGUUCAUGGCAACAGGUGUUCUCAUAUCGUAUAUCAUCGGCACAUGGCUGCCCUGGGACCACCUCGCUCUCGUCUCCGCCAUAUUCCCUACUGCAAUGCUAGUGUUCCUGAUUCCACUUCCAGAGUCACCCUGUUGGCUACGCUCUCGCGGGCGCAAAGAAGAAGCUGAAAGAUCAGCCAAUUGGCUGCGUCAUCAAAAAGUAGUUAACGUAGAGCUAUAUACGAUCCGUAAUCCAGAGACUAACGGUGCAGAGACUCCCACAGCUAUAGCAGAAGUAGAUAGGAAACAAGAAAUGACAACUGGUUCUGCAAAAUCUAUAGCGAAAGGGGCGUACUCUGCUGAAGCAUUACUACGAAGACCGGUGAUAAUCCCGUUUGGGCUUGUUACGGGUGUUCUUAUUUUUCAACAAGUCAGUGGAAUAGACACAGUGUUAUUUUACACGGUAGAAAUAUUCAAUGCUAGUGGAUCUUUUGUUAACGACUACCUCGCCACAAUUUUAGUUGGGCUGGUACAGGUUUUAGCGACUUUAGCUUCUCUGUUUGUUAUUGAUAGUUAUGGGCGGAAACCUUUGUUGAUAUUUUCUGGAGCGUUCAUGUCUGUUGCUAUGGCAGCCCUCGGAUACUACUUUUACGCUCACGAACACGGGCUUCCUAUAGCAAAGAGUCUAGGUCUCUUGCCCGUCAUAUCCCUCAUGGUCUUUAUUGCUGCAUUCGCUCUAGGAUAUUGUAACGUACCUUUCUUGCUGAUGGGCGAGCUUCUCCCAGUGGCACAGAGAAGUAUCCUGAGCUCCGUCGCGAGUGCGAUGAAUCUCGGUUCCAUGUUUCUGAUCAUAAAGUCCUAUCACGAUUUAAAGUACUGGAUAGGGGACCAUGGUGUGUUCUUUAGCUACGCUGUUUUGUGUAUUGUGAGUUGUGUGUUUGUAACAAUUUUGUUGCCAGAAACGAAGGGCAAGUCCUUGGAAGAAAUCGAAUGUUAUUUUGAAGACAAAUCACAAAAACUGAAAGAAAAGAAAGUCCAAAGGAAAAGUGAGACGUCGAAUGAGCAGUAAAAUUCAUUUUCCUCAAAUAUUGUGUAUGUAGUUACCCAGACUUGAGAUAUACUCCAUAUUAGUUCCUAAUAUUGUUAUUAUUAGUCAGUGUAUAUAUCGUGUUUUUAAAUUAAGGUCGAUGUUAUGUACAAUGACAAAAGUUAAUGUAUAUACAUCAAUCUAUUAUUUAACUAGUUUAUUCAUGUUAUGCUUAAGAUUACUUACCAGUAACAAGAAACUGUGAUAUUAUAUUAAUUAAAUUGUAUGUACAAAAAUAAAUUUUAAAUUAUUUUACCUAAAA